UUUCCCCACUCCAAUAACCUUGCGGAGGCGUGGAAGCGUGGACCCGCCGCCGCCCCGCUCCCGCCAGCCACCGAAACACACGAAGCCGCCGAAGCAAAAGUAAGCAGAGACCAAGCCAAACAGCGCUACCACCUGCACCACCAACUACAUCAGAGCACUGGUUCCUGAUUCCCGCCGAUGGCGUCGUCGUCGCCGCACGUGUCCACGGCGCGGCACCCGCUGCGCGUCCCCGGGCAGCGCGCCAAUGGAGCCGCGGUGGUCGCGGCGGCGCUGGGGCUCCCGAGGAGGGAUGCGCGGGUCGCGCUGCGGGCGCACGCGCGGCGGAUCGAGGCCGCUGCGUGGGCGGCGGUGGAGCCGAGGACGAGCAGCGGCGGCGGCAGGAGGAAGAGGGGGGAGGCGGCGCUGUGCGCUGCGGCGGGGCAGGUCGCGGGGAGGAGCGCCGGGGUGGGGAGAAGCGUCGGGACGGAGGUGGCCCUCGCCACGAUGGCCGUCGUCGCCAUGGGCACCGGGAACCGCGUGCUCUACAAGCUCGCCCUCGUCCCGCUCCGCCAGUACCCCUUCUUCCUCGCGCAGUUCGCCACCUUCGGCUAUGUCGUUGUCUAUUUCUCAAUCCUGUAUCUUCGAUAUCAAGCUGGCACUGUUACAGAUGAGAUGCUUUCUCUACCACAGAAACCUUUUAUACUUGUGGGUCUCUUAGAGGCUCUAGCAGCAGCAGCAGGGAUGGCUUCCGGAGCUGUUCUGUCCGGGGCUUCAAUACCAAUAUUGUCACAGACCUAUCUCGUAUUUCAGCUUCUUUUGUCUGCUAUUUUUCUAAAGAGGCGAUAUAGAGUUAAUGAGAUAACAGGAUGCUUUCUAGUGACAGUUGGUGUGGUAAUAACUGUAGCAAGUGGAUCUGGUGCUGGAGCUUCAUUACAAAGUACUGGAAUUUUGUGGCCACUUCUGAUGAUACUAUCAUUCUUUCUGCAAGCUGCCGAUACAGUAUUGAAGGAGAUAAUAUUUAUAGAUGCUGCCAAGAAUUUGAAGGGUGGCUCAGUUGAUCUUUUUGUCGUCAACUCAUAUGGCUCUGCUUAUCAAGCUAUUUUUAUGUGUCUCCUGUUGCCAUUCUUGUCAAAGUUAUGGGGUAUUCCAUUCCAUCUACUGCCAACAUACAUCAGAGAUGGUGCAGCCUGCUUUCUGAAUAUGGGAUCAUUAUCUUCUGGUUGUGAUGGGGCGCCGCUGCUACCUCUACUAUUUGUUUUGGUUAAUAUGGGAUUCAAUAUAUCUUUGCUACAUCUACUGAAGAUAUCUUCUGCUGUUGUAUCUUGCCUAGCCUCUACAUUCUCAGUUCCAUUGUCCAUCUACGCUUUCACCCUACCACUGCCGUACAUUGGCGUGGCGUCAACCCUCCCUCCUGGCUUCGUUGCUGGCGCAGUGGUUCUCAUCGCCGGCUUACUAAUGUACAGUCUUCCGCAGCCACAAAAUUGUGGGAAAACCUUGGACAAGAGGAAUGACUAGGGUAGCUGACAUGCAUACAUGUCUUUCCUCGUUUGUUGUACACAAGCAUGGAUCUUCGCCUGGGCUUGAAAGGUAGAGCAGAAGUUCUCCUGCCGCCCACCUGAUUGUUGUAUGUUGUAUGGUAUAUCAUAUGUAUAUCCAAUAAAAGCGAAGAAGUGCCGCAUGGAUAUAGUAGACAGAAUAAAGGUCAAGAGCAAGAAAUGUACCAGACAGCAAGGCUUUCUCUGUUAUUACUGAGCGAAAGCCGGGGAUGGAGGAUUGUCGCAGUUUUCAGGCGGGAAGAGAACCAGGGAGAAGAGAAGGAGCAUCAUCACCACGGGAACGAAGAGCAAGAACGCCGGUGGUGGUGGUAGGGGCGGCAGCACCAGUGGCAGGCACAGGAGCAUCGCCGCCGCUGCCAGCACCAGCAUCAUCAGCACGCCUUUGCCCAUCUGGGCCGUGCUUAGUAGAUGUUCAUGGUCUUUACGACUCUCUGUUUGGUUGGGUUCCUUCGGAUAGACUAUUGUGUUUGAGGAAUUGCUUUGAGAGGGUGAGAGCCUGGGACUGCAUCUUUGAUUC